AUGACGUCCCCACCCCUACACCAUCCACGCCCAUCCCUUCACCUCACCCACACCACACUCCUGAACUCACCUAAUGCACUUGUAUUUAUUAGCGGACUGACUCGUGGCUUACACGCCACAGACUAUUUUCUAGAUCUAAACAAUAUUUUGGAAAACAUGGCAGUUAGGGACGCAGUGUCCUAUUCGCCAUUUGAGUUUCGCAUGCGGAGCAUUUAUAUGGGCUCUGGCUACUCGAGUUGGCGCAGCAAUUUCAAGGAUCUUGUAGCGCUGAUAAAGUAUCUGAAAGGGACAGGCAUGGAGAAGAAAGUAGUGGUGAUGGGGAGUUCGAGCGCGGUUCUCGAGUCUCCGCCAGUGGAUAGUUAUAUUAUGCAAGCCCCUACCUCGGACCGGGAAACAGCAGGUUUAGUCAUCUCCCUUGUUUCUGUUGGCGGAGAUGAUGACUUCUUCUCGUUUGACAUAUCGGCUUCGACGCUUCGGUCCACAUUCGGUAAACUGAACAAACCAACGCUGAUUGUCAUGUCGGAGCAAGAUCAGGGGGUUCCACAGACUGUCAACAAGGAAGCAAUGUUGAGGAAAUGGGCGGCAGCAAUUCCAGAGGGGCUGUUCAGCAACGAGACUGGUGUUCUGCCAUUUGCUGAUCACGUUCUAACAACGGAGCAUUGUAUCCGGCUUUUCCGAGUAAAAGUCGAGAAAUUCUUGACAGAACUGCAGGUAAAUGCAGUCGAGAAAUAA